CCGUCGCCCCUGCGUCGGCGUGUCCUGCGGCGUCUACCGGAUCUUCGGGACCCGGUCUGCGCGCGUUCCGCAAGCCAUGACGACCGAGACCAAGACCUGGGCUGUGUGCGUGCUGAAGGGCGAGGGCCGGGUGCAUGGCGAGAUCCGCUUCGAGCAGGAGGGCAGCGGCCCCGUCACAGUCAGCGGGAUCAUCAAAGGACUGACCGAAGGCGAUCAUGGGUUCCACGUCCACCAGUUUGGAGACAACACCGGAGGCUGUGCCACUGCAGGUCCUCACUUUAACCCUGAAGGCAAAAACCACGGUGGCCCCGACGAUGAAGAGAGGCACGUCGGGGACCUGGGCAACGUGACUGCGGACAAACACGGGGUGGCCAACGUGUCUCUGGUGGACCGCCAGAUCUCCCUCUCGGGGAAGCAUUCCAUCAUUGGCCGCACGAUGGUGGUCCACGAGAAGGAGGACGACCUGGGCAAAGGCAACGACGAGGAGAGCAAGAAGACAGGCAACGCUGGCAGCCGCCUGGCCUGCGGCGUGAUCGGGAUUGCACCGCAGCCCAAGACUGAGAAGUGAGCGUUCCCCACCAGGCCGUGUCCUGGCAGCCCCUCUGCUGCCCCACCAGCUGCACACACUCAACCUGACGACCAUUAAACUCUGUCACCUUCCAA